UGUUGUAUAUAUAUAUAUAUAUAGAUAGAGAGAGAGAGAGAGAGAGAGAGAGAGACACCCAUUAACAGUAUGAGAGAGAAAGUAACAAGCUUUUGCUUUUUAAUGCCCUCCCUCAUUUCCCCCCUAAAAAAGAGCGUCUGAUUCUUUCAUCUUUUCUGAAAAUCGUGCACCCUUUUGGCCCUCUCUCUCUCUCUCUCUAGCAGCAAGAUGGCGUGCAGCUGAGAUGGCCGAGUUGCUGCUGCUGCUAAAAUAUGGCUCAGAGUAACAGCAAUGCCAAGAACAGCACAGAUGAAGUGAAUCCCACUGUUUUUCAUGACUUUCUUGGCCGGAGCUGUGCCUCUGAUUCGUCGCCGGCGGCGGUGAAACCGGCGGCGUCUGCCUCUGUUGGGCCCAUUUCUGCCACUUCUGAUCUGGGUUCUGAAAGACAGGUUUCAGAUUAUUUUGAGGGGGUUCCGUUCUACGGCCCUAGGAGCGAUCUCACUGGGACUGAGAUAAGUAACAGAUUCGCAGGAAAUAAACGAAGCAAUUCAGAUUCUGCUUUUCUGGGGUCAUCCAGAGAUGGGCUUCCACAUGUGGGACCAGACUCCCUUGACGGGGUGCAUUUGAUGAAGAUGCUCCGAAAUGCAGGGGGAGAGAGGCCUAAACGUUCCCAUGAAGAGGCAAUGUUCUUUAAUAUGUAUCGAAUGAGGCCAACUUCAACUUCUCAUAUCUUACACCCUCCUUCUGGCAGUAGAACCGAUGCCACUGUGUCUAAAUGGGAGCGCACUAUUCCCUUGAAUGUGGUCCCCACAGUGCAGUAUCCUCCACGUGUGGGGCAAGUUGCACCUUUUGGGUGUCAAGUACCUUCAAACAGAUUCAAGGAUGCCAGCGCAGGUCCUUCGGUUAUUUCUCAAGCAGCUGCCGACGAAGGGUCCCGAACAGGAAUUAAAGGUUCUGGAAUUUUGAGCUCUAUUAAUGCCAGAAGUGUAGUCUCUGAUAGAAGCCCCUCUGAGAUGCUGCUGACUGGCACCAAGCAGAAGUCUGGCAUUCAUAAUUCUGAGCCAGAAUCUUCAACUCCUUCAAGCCGACAUGGAUUAUCAUCUGCCUGUCGCCAGAUGACUAUAUUUUAUGGUGGUCAAGCCCAUGUUUUUGAUGAUGUCCACCCAAACAAGGUAGGAUAUGUGUCAGAAAUUUACCUUCCCUGUUCGAAAGGUCUAGUGAUACGUCAGGCACUUCUCAUGAAAUUCAACAGUGGAAAGAAUGGGUAGCCUGGGGACUUCUUUGGAAGGUUUCACUGACAUAUAGGAAAGGUUAUUUAUCCUUGUCAAAUGAUCUCUUUAACAAGCAUCUGGCUGUUGACGUGUCCCCCACGUGCGCAGGAAAAUCAUUCACCACCAGUGUUGGAGGGAAACAAUUUGGGAAGUUGACAAGCGUGACUGUUCUAGGAGGGGGUUGAUUUUUUUUAAGGCAUAGGUGGCGUGGAGGUGGCAUCCCAUCUCUUUUUUGGAAUUCUGGGAACAGGGAUGCAGCAGUGGAGGAUUAUUUGCAUUUUGGGUGUAUUCAAUUAUUUAGGGAUGUUUCCUUUGGUGUUUGUUCUAGGAUUGGGAAUUGGAGCAAGUAGAGGCUCUUGUCACUUUAUUCUAUGACUUGACAGGAUUAGAGAUAAGGGAGAUUCUUCAUGAGGUGGAAAACGUCUAACUCAGGGAAUUUUAAGUUUUAACUUCUGUUGUUGUCCUCUGUAAUACUGUUACUUUUCUUGGAAAGGGCUUUGGAGUUUAAAUCCUCUUCCAGCGUUGACCUCUUUAUUUGAACAAUAGAUCGGCAGAUAAUCUGUAGUAUGGAGUCUAUGGACACAUUAGACACAUUAUAUGUUUUGUUAUUGUACAUGCAACUUGCUCACUUGUUCUAGGGUGGCUAUGGGGGAUGAGGCCGUUGGUUUUGUUGUUUAUUAGGUCUCUUGUGGAAUGUACUAGAGAUUAUUCCUUGUUGGAGUGGCAUGGGUGUGGGAAAAAAAGAGAUGGCAUGGGAUCCAUUGGUUUGAUGUGAAUAACUUGGGGAGAAAGAAAAUGAUGGUUUUUUGAUGGGUAGAGAGAAGACGCUUCAUGAAUGAUAUCUUCCCUGUUGAUCGAUAUCCUCCAAGGAUUCUGUUGCGCAGCUUCUGCUUUAGAAUUUUAUUGAACAUCAAGAGAAAUAUUAUGUUGGAUGCCUGCCUUUGCUAGCACUUUCUCAUUUUCCUUGUAUGCUGCGUUAGCUUUUGUCAUGUUUGGUACCUUCCUGUUGUCCAUUGUUUGAUGGAAAAAGUUACUUAUAAAAAAAAAAAAAUUUGUUUGAUGAAAAAAGCUGAUUGUGGGACUUUCCUCUUGUCGCACAUACGUGGAAUUGUGGAAAUAAUUUGGGAACUAGAUAUUACCACCUCCACCAGCCACGGAUUCAGCUUAUGCCCAUUGGGGGCACAUGCCCUCACUGGAAUUUUGUUUUUUGUUUUUUGUUUUUCGUUCUUUGUUCUUUUUUAUUUUAACAACCAGCUUUAAAAGUAACUCAUAUUUUUAACCUAUGCUAAAAGUUCCUCUUUUGUUUGUGAACUACACGAAACGAAAGCACACAAACCCUCCACUCUGAGCUCCAAGCAUCAGCGAUUUAGCCAUCUUGAAUUCAUCAGGACAAUAUGCCAGAGCUUGCAGUCAUCACCGGUGUUUUGCUUCCGGUGCUUGACCGCCACGGCGAACAAUUAGCCAGCAUUUAAUUGAGUUAGAGCUUCUCAAUUUUUACAUUCAUCUUUCUCCACAAAAUUUUUGGGGAAACUCUACCACUUAUUCAACUUGGUUUACUGAAGUUUCCUAAUUGGUUUAUAGCAUUGGUAAGAUGCUGCAACUUGCUGAGUAAAUUUCCGAUCUCCACCGCACUUUUUAUGAGUUUUUGUCUUCAUUGUGCCCCCGCUAGUGGUUUUGUUUCUUGCUAUGCCACUGACCUCCACUAGGGUAUUGGUUAAUCCCGCCUCACGGGAUUGUUCUCCCUCAUCAAACGGUCAGAGAUAAUAAUUCUCCAAUUAUCCAGUUCUUUAUCCCUCUCUUACUCAUAUUGGUAC